AUGUUUAAGAAGAAGGGACGACCCCAAGGUGUUGCGAAGGAGCGAGUGCACGAGGCGUUGGGCGUGGGCAGCUUGUUGGAUCCCUCGCAGCCGUCGACGAGUGGGGACGUCGGUCAGGGCGAGCAGUCGGGGGCCGCAGCGGAGGAUGAUACGGGGAUUAGGUCAGUAGUGCGUGAUCUGAAAGGCCGUAGCCAUCAUGUCCUGCCUGAAGGAAGCGGUAUGCCGUAGGAACAAGCUCUCGCUGACCUACUUGAACCCCCCUCCGCUCCGGACCCUUCACUGGUGAUCAAUCUCCUGCCACGACGACAGUGCGACGUUGGAGGAUCUCAUCGCCUUGCGCAAACUCAAAAGAGCAACGGGAGGCAUUGAUCUCGAUCGAUUGAACGCUGGGGAGAAGAAGCGCAAACCCAAAGCCAACAGAGACGAUCCGACCGGAGCUGAUCCCAGCGAACGGAUUAACGAGGAUGGCAUGAUUGAGGGGUUGCACGGGGGUAUACAGCACAAGGAUCGAGUCAGGGACGGGGCGGACGACCUGUGAGUGGUCGUAACCUCUCUCCGAGUCGUUGGAAAUUGCGGUCUCGAACGAGUGUAGACUGAUCGUGGCCAUCGAGUGCUCUCAUCUUCGACUGCAGGGAUCCGAACGACCCGAGCAAGAUGACAAGACGGCUCGUGACCAACAACAACUUCACUGGUCAAACCAACACGAUCGACGUCGACAAGCACAUGAUGGCCUACAUCGAGGAAGAACUGCGCAAGCGCAAGUCCGGAGGCGCAGACUCGGCCGACGCGCUCGCAGGUGCCGACUUGCCGACCCGCGCGUUGGACCCGAGAGACGAGUUGUACCAGAUCGCGGAGCGGUAUCGGAUCGAGAAGAAGGAGGAGAAGGAGGAUGGCAACUUGCAGCUCUCGGCGACGAUGCUGACCGCGAUCCCCGAGGUUGACCUGGGUAUCGAGUUGAGUUGUUCCGCUUCAUAACUGCUUUAAAUUCUCCACUCGGGUGUGACACGAAACUGACUCACUCAUCACUUCUCCAUCGACAGCACCAAGCUCAAAAACAUUGAAGAGACGGAGAAGGCCAAACGCGCACUCUUCGAGAAGCGCCGCCACGCCCCCAAAGUUGAACAAGAGGCAUUCGCCGCCGAACGAUGUAAGUCUCGUCCUGACAGGUCCCGUUUUCGAAGCUGACUGACUUACUCUUCUUCUUCUGACAUGUGUGCAACAGUUUUUCGACCUCACAAACCGAUCGACUCUGAAGCGGACGCGUUGGAAAAGGCCAAGCGGGUCAUGUACGGCCGCUUCGGCGCGCCAGAGGACAAGGACAAGCAGAAGCAAGGCGCGGCGGGGGGCGCCAUCGCCAACGGAAAUACAAAUGCGAAUCGACCGAUGCGAAGGGAGAAGGCAACGGAUGACCAGGUGCGUGGCCACCAUUUCUGCGUUAUGCUCAUAUUCCUUGCUGAUCUUGGGUUGUCCUUGGGUACGGGCAAAUAG